CUGAAUAUAAGUAUUAUCACUAAAGUUGGACAAAUCACCUGAAUAAUUCGAACUCAAAUCAGAUCAUUGAAGCGAAGAGAGUUGAGUAAUAUAAAUCCAUGUUUUUUCUUAGGGUUAUGUUUGUGUACUUUACUAUUUCACCUAAAGCUGUAUCGUCAACAAUUGCUCAUCGAAGUGGUGGUGAAUAUUGGUGGAUAUUUACCAAGUCGGGAAGCGGCGUGGUAAAUAUCCACCCUUAGAUGAAUAAUUAUUUCGUAUUUUGUUAGUAUAUACCACACAGAAGCCAAAAAAAUUAGAUUAUUUUUGUCAAUAUACCAAAAUAUGGUCGGAAAUUAAAUUUAUGACGCGUGAAAAGCACUAUUCACCUGGGCAAAGUUUCCGCACAGCCCCAUCAUUACGAAUCCAUAUAUGGGGCUUUAUUAUUCAGUGUAUCACCAAUAAGAUUUGCAUGUAUAACGAAGGAUGGGGCUGUGCAGAAAUUUUUCCUUCACCUGAUAUAUACAAAAUGGGGUCAUGCAUGUGGAAGUCCUGCUCAACAUAUUCUUACUCUUAAAGCUGAGUGAAUUUUGUUGUCUCACACUGAUUGUCAACUUUUUUUCAUAGAAACUUUAACAUUACCUUGUCCAAUUUCCAAAAAAUUGUACAGUUUUGGAGUAUAAAAUGAGCACUUUGCCAACUCUGGAUAGUCGAAAAACCACCUAUAUCAGUGAUCAGGAUAAUUGUGGGGAAGAGGACAUUUCUGUUGUCACAUACAACAUUCUUGCAGAUUUUUACGUUCAAAGUGCAUUGAAAAAGGGCAGGUAUAAGAAUUGCCCUCAAGAAUAUGUUACACCAAAACAAGACAGGAGCUGUCCACGACACAAGCUACUUAUGAGAGAGGUAUGAAAAAAGUUCGUACAGGCAGUGUGAGAAGCUUGAGAAGCUGUUUAUCAGAUGCAUUAUGCAUCUAUCUUGUCAACAAAGUAUGAGGGCUGUAAUAGUAAAAUAUCAGCAUUAGGUCUCCACAGGUAAGUUGUGCUUGAUCUUUACCAGAAAAAUGGUAAUGGAGGGGGAGGGGGGGAAGGGAGGGGGAAGAUAAUUUUUAAGUAUGAUACUUAGCAAGCCUGAGGUAAAAGAAAUUUAUUUCAUCACCAGAAAGUUUGCAUAAUUGAUCAAAUCAGCCAAGAACUUCUUUGAUAGGUGAUCAAUUCCUUUAUUCUCAUGACCUAAAUGUGUGAUUCAUCAUUGAGGAAAAAAAUUAGAUGCUAGUCAGCCCUAAAGGUUAAAAGGUUUAUUAACCCUUUAACUCCCAGAUCAAAUUUGUUAUUCUCCUCACUGUCAGCCAUACAGUUCUUAUGAUGUUAGUUCAGAGAAUUUAGUAUUGGAUCAACUAAUUAUCCCCAAAUUGAUAUUUUUCUUUAUUCUCAUCACUUAUCUGGUUGAUAUUUUAUUGGUGUUGUUAGGAGAAAUUCUGUCUUGGUCACUCAUGACAGUAAAAGGGUUAAUAAAGAAUAUUGGAUUAUUUACAUUACUUUUUUCAUGUUUUUCAGCUUCAGUGGUUAAAUGGAGACAUUGUCUGUUUACAAGAAGUGGACCCAGCCUACUUUGCAGGAAUCCUUGAAGAAGUUAUGUUGUCCUUAGAGUAUAAGGGACUGUUUAUGCAGAAGUCUCCCUGCACAGGUCGACAGGAGGGAGUAGCACUGUUCUUCAAAAAGGACAAGUUUGAACUAGAACAGUCAAAAACAUUAGUUAUCAAUGACAUUGCAUCAGAUGCCUCUUUAGAGGCCGAGUGUCAAAAAUUUGGAGAAGUUGCGAUAUUUGCAGCAGUAAGGCAUAAAAUUACCAAUGUGGUACUAGUGACAGGUAAGAUAUUGAGCAUUGUUGGUUUUAAAGAUGUGGACUUCUCUCUCAACACUUUGAUUCCCAUGAGUGACCAUAACAGAAUUUCUCCUUAUAAUAUUAGCACAAUGGCAAGCAGACAAGUGACAAGAUUAAAGGAAAAUAUCAAAUAGGGAUUAUCAACUGAUCCAAAACCAAAUUCUCUGAACUAACACAAUAAGAAUUGGAUGGCAGACAGUAAGGAGAAUUUCUAGUGAGAUUUUGAGAGUGAAAGGGCUCAUUUAUUCAAGUUGAUUUAAUAAGACUUGCGGGAAAUAUCUUUUUGGGACAAUUGCAUUUUGUUCAUAGGCCAAACACUUUACUUUCACAGUGCCUCUGUCUAUCCAACAGGGAGUGUAAAUGUGUAAUGGCAAAUUUUCAAAGAAACCUGACAAAAUGCCAGGGAUCAACCUGAAAUAGACUAGGUACCUAACCAAGACUUGAAGCAUUAUUCACACUUUCUCAGGCUCCAGAAACUAGGAGAUGCUCAAGAAGAUGUGCUGGCCAAUGUCACAUCACCUGCCUUAUGCAUGAGGUCACACUGUACAGUGGAUGGUCUCCCAAGUUAACCCUGGAACUCCCAAGAUCUGAUUGUUAAUUCUCCCCUCUUGCUGCUACCCAUUACAUUGUAAAAUUGGUUACAAAAAUUUAGUGUUAGAUCAAGAUAACAACUUCUAAUCGAUAAGUUUUAGUAUUCUCAUGGAUAUUGUAAGAGUAGUUACAUGGUAAUUAUGUUAAUAGGUUUAUUUUCUUCCUGUUCAAGCUACCACUCACAUUUUAUGGAAAGAUCUCCUUGAACCUGUCUCGCAAAUCUGUGAAGUGUCACUUGUCACACAAGCCCUUCAUAAUAUGGUUACGGCACUGAGGUCGCAAGGAAAGCGUGUGGCCUAUAUCCUGUGUGGAGAUUUUAAUAUUGAACCUCACUGUCCUCCUUACAGUCUCCUAACCACUGGUCAUCUCAGCAAAAAUGAAUUCUGCAAACUCCAAACUGUUGAUUACUUGCGAUUCUCGACAGAUAUUCCAAAGCCAGAGCAGGUACCAUUCUUUAUGCCUUAAAUGAUAUAAAGAUGUUAAGUGGUGGGCAGUCAGGUGAAAUUUUCCAUCAUAGGACAAUUUUGUGUAAUGAAUCAGAUAAAGAAAGAUUUCUGUUACGUUCUGCUUCCAUCUCUAGGUUCUUCCUGAACAGAUUGCACUUUUAAACAAAGCCAAGAACCAUCUCCAUUGUCCACUGACACCUCUGCGGAGUGCCUACAAGGUGGUGUUGGUACGUAGGUGGUCUUGGUCUCUGGUCAUACUUUCUUGAGAAUUUUUCUUUUUUUGGUAUCAGUCUUAUCAAAUGAAUAUAUUAGAGGAGUUUGAGCCUUUCCUAAACUUUUAAUUGGUGGACGAGGUUUCGGACGAAGCUCAAAGCGUAAAGUCUGAGUUAUCAUAGUGCCCAGUCUACUGACUGAACAUCUCGAACAGCCCAGCACUAACCAUUAUGAAAUCUCUUUUAUGGUCAGCUUGAAUUAACAAAGGUCGAAUUAACACCAGGUUUAUAAGGUUGUCAAGAAUGUUAUGGUCGCAAGAAAAGGAAAUAUUUGAAUUAAUACCAAUUCGUUUUUCCUAAACGUUAUUUUAAGCAUUUCGUAAAAUUGAUUGUAAUAUCCGUAAUAAUUCCUUUAUUUUUUAGGGUUCUGAGCCUGAAUGCACAAGUUUUGAGGAUGAUGCGAGUCGCUUGUGGACUCUUGACUACAUUUGGUUUGAUUCCGAAAAUUUGCAAGUUACAUCAGUUCUGGAAACCUUACCUGCGUCAGCAAUCGCUGCGUACAGAGGUUUUCCUAAUGAGUAUUUUUCAUCAGAUCACUUUUCUUUGAAGGCGAGUUUCAAGCUAAUGUGUUGAUAAUGAAAACAGCCUGCUUCGACGCUGUCAUCUGAAUGAAAAUCAAUUUUCAUCAUCUUUUCCUUUUUGAAAUUGCACACUGUCGCUUAGCGACGGUGUACAAUUGGUCGUUUAGCAUUAUUGCAAUUGGUCGUUUGGCAUUAUCAGAUAAUUUUUUUAAUCCUGCAGUAUUGAAAAUUGUGAACGUUUUUUACUUCUGUAGAUCAUACAUUAGCGUAAUCCUCAAAAGAUUGCUGAAAAAAGUUUUUUUUAUUUCUCAAUAAGGGAAAAAUAAUAGGAGCUCCAACAAAGCCUACUUUUUCAAGUGACAACUUUAUAAUUUCUCGAGCUGGAAAGAGGUUCAUUAGACCUGAAUGUCUUACGAAGACAAGCCGCAGUUUCUGAACGAAAAAAAAAACAAAACAAAGAAUGCCUAUGGUAACGAGAUGGUGGUGGAACAAUACAUUUAAUAAACUGAACAAUAACUGAGCACCUGUAUUUUAAAACUUUGAACUUUUUGUGGCCGUUCUGUGCAAUACGAUAUCCCGAAAUGGCCUGAUUUUCCUAACGUCUGAGAAUGGGAAACCCGAUGGCAAAUUGGGCACAUUUCUUCUUCGAACUUAAUACUGUGUAGUGUAUUGAGUGACUGUAGCAACAAAUUACCUUACCAACAAUAUUUUACUUGAAAAUCUAAGAAAAUCGUGAUUUCAUUGAUUCCACGCAUGGGUCAACAUUCGCUGCGUGACCGUGGCCGUGGUAAUGUCACGAAAGCAUACAUGUGUCUUGACUUAAAACUAACAUUUGCUUGGAGACUGGGACGUAGUAUUCACGCUUUAAGUUGGUUACACUUACCUAAACGUAGAAAACUUUUAAAUUAGGUCAUAAUUUCCUUUAAGAGGAGAUGAAGUGUCUUUGAAUCAUUAGGGGCAAUUUGAAGAGAUAAAUUUAUUGGCUGUCUAAUUUGCGGUCAGACAAGCACACGCCCUUUGUGGUAUUAGUUCAACAUGUGGGCUCCACUUAAUUAAUUGUUCGCUCUUUCACCAAUUAACGCGCUGAAAAUAUUGUAAAAAAUUAAAUUCAGGAAUAGAAGUCUGUGAUGUUGUUUAGAAGUGAACCUCCGCAUGUCCGUGAUAACUUAUUCACGCUGGAAAGUGAGACAGCAGACGUUUUUAAUGCUUGAGGAAAAUAUGGAACAAGUCGUAUUGUUUUCUUCUCCAAUUUGAUGUUAUUUACAGACUUGAAUUAAUGUGGUUUAUACCCACUGCACCUAAAUCGAGCCAAAACUAGACAGUAAUACUGAAAUGAGAGCGUGAAAACUGGGUACUCGACAUCUGUAACGUCCACCUUCCCAGCUUUUAAAUAAUCCAGAAGAUUUGAUUUAUAUAUCUACGCAGUUCUUGGAGCUGAACGCCAGUCAAAGAUUCACCCUAAUAGGAAGUAAGGUCAUUAUUAUUUCUGGCUUACGAACAGCUUUAUGUCACCCACGAGAGAAAACAUUCUUUUUAAUAGUGCGUUGGAGAGAAAUAGAUACUUUGUAGGCGUACUGCGAAUGAAGGCGUUUUGCUUUUCCCCUUAACUGAAUCAUGAGUUGUGCCAAUUACAAAAACAUGUACAUGAAGGCCACCGACUCUAUGCUCACGUCAUUUUACUAUCUCAUGUUGAGCAAGUCAUGGGUGACUAACGUGAUUAGCAUUCAAGACUAGGAUGAUCUCACCCUUUGUUUACAGUGCAAUUUUCUUUACCAAUCCUUGAUUUAUCUAAAACAGAUUUUGACAAAAAAUGUCAAAUGAGUGGUUCAUAGAACAAAUAUUGAAAUUAUUAGAGAAAACAGGAAAUUGGAUUUUGAGGAAUUCGCCCUUUUCGAUGACGAUAUGACCUGCAUGGCCUCGUUUUGAGACGUUUUGGUCUUCUGGAACAUUAAAUAAAUUAUAUACCUUUCAUUCUUAGCAGAAAUGUUGGUCUCCUGUAGAAUACACAGCUGGUGGCGUUACGUUAUACUUUGGUAACCUCCGCUUAUAGCAAGUUCUUGGACAGGUCACGCUCUUCUGUUUGUCACCAAAGACCGGAAAUUCCCCCAACUUGCCGUUUGGUGAGUUGUGGUGUCCUAAAAGAAUUUUAUCGAUAAUUAUCAGUAGAUUUUUUGUGUUUUCAUCAAAGUAACUAAUCCUAUUUAUUCUUGAGAUACUCAAAGUGGUUUGAUUAUUUUUGAAGACGUGAGACAUCUAGAAAUGUGAAAGGUGGGGCGACUGGAAACGAAAACUGUUCUCAAAUAUCAGUUAGAGAUAGAAAAAUGAAAGGCGUUUGCACACGAUUUCCUGACAGUAGCCGCGAAACUCAACAGACAAAACCGGAUUAAUGGGCACGGCCAAUGGUGUGGGAAUCAUGUGCGGUUUCUGACGGAUUUUACAACCGGUUUUCUCACAAUGUUGCUCCAGUCUUCACUUGUCCUUUACCCGAUCAAAAUGUCACAGAAAUUCGUUAAUCUCUCGCUGAGAUUACUUGUAUUUGCACUUAUUCUUGUGGUGGAAAGCAGAAGAAGUACUUUCAAUAUUACACGAUACACAGAAGGUGAUCUUUUUCAAAACAUAAACUCUUCCAGAUCAUGUAAUGAGAGUGGUGCAAGAUGCGUCCUCGAUGGAGAAAACUCGCCAUUUUGCGGGUUCAAUUGUUGUUAUUGUAACUGCGAGAGAGAGAAACCAACCUAUCUUCAAAGCAAUGGGACGUGUCGCUCUGACGAGCAACUAAUGUCCAUUUUGAAAGCUCAAAGUGUUAUUCAAGGUAAGUCAUCAGUGUACGUGGAGAAUCUUUUUCAAGUCUCGACAAGUUGUAUUUUAUCGACACGGCACGAGCGGGUCAUGUUGUCAGUGUUGUCGGGAUCUCGAGCGGUUCGACUCUUUCGCUCGGUUCCGUGGAUCCUGCUGCAUUCGCCCGCUAUUAUUUUUAAAGACCUUUGUUUUUAUUUCGUCUGAUCUGUGAUUUGCUUCUUCGAAGUACCAGUAUUUGCGUUCAACCACAGUCUCUAUUUUGCUCUAUACAUAUGGAGCACACAUGGCGACAAACACGACAGACUGAGACGUUAAGAGGCGAUGAUAGGAUCCGAUAAAAGUCAUGACCACAUCUUCAGUUGCCACAUCGCUGUUCAUAGUCUACGCUGGUUUUUCAAUCAUGGCGAAUUUUUUCGCUAAUGUCUCAAACAGCUGAUAGCAAAUAUUUGUUACACGUCAAAAUCAGCAACGCCUAAUUGUGUUUUAUCUGUUUUGCUUAAAAAAAGCACUUGGAGUGUUUUUUGACCCAUGUUUUGUAUUAGAAGCGCUUAAGACAAGAUUUUGCUAUCGAUUGUUUUGGCAAGCGAUCAGAUUUGUCGUAGUAAGUCUGUAUAGUUAUAAAGCUUCUUAAAACGCUAUUACGGGUUACUUAUUUAACUCUGUUCCUUAUAGCGAGGAAAUCGAAAAGUUUACUCUAGAGAACAAUGGUGAAAAUUAAACUGGUAUCAAGGUAAUAUACAACUAUGCACAGCGCAUAUUCGAUCGAAACUUCGACAACGUUUUCGUGAUGGACUAUAGGAGGGAAAUGAAUGAAACCUUGAUGGCUGGAGCCCUCUUCAAGGUCAUUUAUCAAGUCUAUUUACUCAACCACAGAUUUUUAUCGCUAUUGGGGUUUGAUUGACAAGUUUUAUAAAAGUUUAGCUUAAAAAGGCUGAAGGAAUUGUGUGAUUCAUCAAAACGCGGGGCUGUUUUGUAGGUUUUCGGAAAAAUCGAAUCUUCAAUAGAUUUAGCCGGUUGUAGGAUAUCAUACAGCGGAAACGCUGGCGGAAAAUUGAUAUACCAGUAUUCUCAUUAUUUACGGUUUAUGUGCAAGUCGUAAUCUCCUUGUAAUUCGUUGCGUCGGAAAUGCGGGAUACAAUGGGAAAUGUUAAAGAUUUUACAUAUUUGGGUGAAGAACUGAGUCCUCCGCUGUAGAAAUGUGAUUUUUGUUUUCGGAAUGCGAUGGAAAAGUGUUCCGGAAAAAACCUCUUUCCCAGGCUCCUCUCUUUCUUUCUCUACUUUGAAAGCUCUCGAGAGAGUUAUUUUAUUAGGGGAGGAAGAGAAUGCACUUUGGGGAAAGAGUUUGUUAAGACGUGUCCUAUGCAUUGUGGUGCCAUAGCGUAGUGUGGAUCAAACACCCCUUUUAAAAAAACGCAUAAAAAAACUGUUUUAAAGUUGGGGAACGUUUUAAUAAAGCUCAGCACUGACUGGACCUUCGCUCGUGCCCAGCUGGAGUAUUUUUGUUCAUUCGUCUCCAAUGCGAUAGGGGCGCAUUUAAAGACUGUUUUAAAGCUUGAGAGCGCCUUAGAGAGUUUGGCGCUGAUCGAAGCAUGACCAGUAUGAGGAAUUAAUCUAUAAUACCUUUGCCUGUUAGGUUGUGAAUACCGUGCUGUUGUGGGCGACAGUUAUCGCCAAUGUCACCGUGAACUUCUCGCAACUCUUAACACAAGACAUCCUGGGAACAGAAGCGUUUAUUUGUGUCCAUGGAGCCAGAAACCUACUGUUGCCCUUCUACAUUUUAAACUUACCAAGGAAUUGUCGAGAUGCGAGAUACUACCGAAGGAAUCGCUUUAUCUUGAUGGUAGCUGGGAAAACUUUUUAUCUAAUGACAAACCUCUUUCGACACUAUCUGUCGAAAUUCAUCCAGAUCCUGACUAUGAUGAGAACAAGCUAUUUCUCAAAGUAAGUUCAAUGUAACUUUUCACACUAUAUUAAUGCCAUAGGGAAUUUUGAAAACCCCUUUAUUUACUGUCAGAAAAGGUGAACGUGCUACGUUUAUCAGGUUCGAAAAAGUGCUUAGGAUAGUAGUUUUGUUGUUUAAUAGGCUGCUAUGUUCCUGUUGUGAGAAAAGGAAGACUGAGAGAGUCGUUGGUAUUUUGCGGAAGAACAGUUCAAUAUGCUUGACAGCAAACCUUCUCCCUAACCAUGAGAAAAAAUUGAAUCUAAGAAAAGCAUCUAUCAAGGGAUGGUUGACGGUUUUGUUCUUUUCCAUUGCAUUUCUAUGUCCUUGUUCUUUUGGAUUGGUCGAAAUGAUAAGUGGCCGCUUCGUGAUGGUAGAACAACCUUUUUUCGUUCAGUCGUUAGCGAGAGAGAAUUGCUGUAGGUUUAGGAUGUUAAUGUACUUUGCCGCGACAAUCUUACUUAUCUCAACAUCUUUUUUUAUUUGACAUUUGUGAAGUGGACUAAUGACAUUGGAAAGCAGUACGAUGGACGCAUUUUCUCGCUCAAGUUGCGGUGUCAUGGAGACGAAGGAAACGUUUCAAAUUCUUGUUUGUUUUUCAAGAAGAAUGGAUCUCGUGAGUAUGAUGCUCUUCAUAUCUCCAAUGUCGCAGAGCUACAUAGCUAUCAAUUGAUUGGAAACAAUUUUUAAACCAAUUAACUGAUCUCUAUAACCAUGAUUAUAACAUUGGCCUAGAGCGAGUCUCCGUAAAACUUAAUCUUUCUUGGUUUGUAAUGUAAUUAUGCAUAUUUUUCGCGUCCUAUAGUUACUGACAUCGUACCAACCUCAAAGCCAUCGGUUAAAAGCACGCGUGUCUCAAAGCCAUCGGUAAAAAGCACCCGUGUCUCAAAGCCAUCGGUUAAAAGCAUCCGUGUCACAAGUACUCCUGUCCAGCGGAACACUACAACAGGUGCAAAGACGUCAUCAGCCUCGACAGAAAUCAAUUUGGUUUCGUCAACCGUGCGCACUCAGAUUAUUAUUGUAACGUCACUUAAAGGCCACCAACAGAAGUUCAACAUAAUUCUCAUUGCCUUGGUGGCUCUGGGUUCUGCGUUGAUUGUUGUACUAACCUGCUUGGUCGUAAUUUGCAUCGUGUGGAAACGAAAAAGGUAUGCUGGGUAAUCAUCAACCUCGUUCCCAAGGCUUCCCCUCCUUCCGCUCCCUAGAGCGAGAGAAAAUCUAUAUUUAUAGGACUCGCUUUUUUUUGGUAACCCUUUAACCUCAAAGAGUGACUAGCAUCUAAUUUCUCUUUACGCAUUCAUGUCAUGAGAAUAAAGGAAAUGAUCACCUACUAAAGAAACUCUUGAUUGUUCAUUAGACAAAUUCUUCUUGUCAGCAGCUUAUUAAGUGUAUAGAGAACAGUGUGGAGAAUAUAAAUGUUGAUGUUAGGCUGUAAAGAGUUAAACCAUGAAAUACGCUUUAAUGCUCCUUCAACUACAUCGGGCAUAAUAAUUCACAUUUUUUUUUCUCAUUUCGUGAGCGGGCGGUAUUCUACAAAUCCAGCAAUCUGAUUGGUUCCGAGAGCGGGCAGUAUUCUCCCCACAGCGGGCGGUAUCCGAAAAAAUGUUUCGAAGUUUUCUUGGAAGCCUUUUAAAUCUCCGUUUAUGGAGAAUCUAGCCGUAAUUACAGUCCUUUAUCAUUCAGGUUCUUUUCGCAACCAUUUGUUAGGUUUUAGAAAAAAUAAAAAUGUUAUUCACCAGCCAAGGUCGGUCCGUAUUGGGAAAAACUGUGUCCUCUGUCUUGUGUACUUAAGACCUCGGGCACAGUUUUUCCCAAUACGGAUCUCCCGUCUGUUGAAUAACAUAUAUUUACUUAAGUUGUGUUGACUUGCCAUGCAAUCUUUAAUGUCUUGGAAUAAAUGUUUAUAAUUUUUUAAAACUUCGAACAACCCUCUCUUUUUCAAACUUUUUCCAAAGUUUUGAUACUAGGUGUUAAAAAUCCUAUCUUCUCAUAGGUAUGUGAAUUAAUCUGAAGUUAAUGGUGUGCCAAACAGAAGUUCAGCAAACUAAUUUCAUGAUGUGAAUUUUGUGUCAUUUUUUUUGCAGACGUUUUGCAAUAGCAAAAAGAGCCAAACCUGGUAAGAUUCUAUUUUAGACGUUAAAAAGAUAAAAAAAAAAACACUGUUAUAUCGUGAUAUAGACUUUGUUAACCAGAACAUUGGCUUUAUUGUGAACUUCCUGAAAUCUUAAUCCAGUGUUGGGUUCAAGGCUUGACCAGGGUAAUUUUGCUUUGUCCUCAGGCAGGUGGCUUCACUAUCAAAGUGCAUCUCUUUACUUAGGAGUGCAAAUGGUAUCUGCAAUUUUUUCGGGGGGGGGAGGGGAAAUACCCGCGAUAGACCCACAUACCCUCCAGGAGGGAUAACAAUACCAAUAGUUCAUCGCUUGAGUUAUGCAAGUGUGUUCACGUAUGCAGACUUCCGUUGUUUAUCUGCCCCCCCUUGUUUUCAUCAUAUCCUCGCAUAACUCCAGUCCUUUUCAAAUAUGUUACGACUAGUGCAACAGAUUUUUUCCCUUUGAAACGUCCAAUGAACAUCCUGUCAAGACUUCCUCGGGUUUUGGGACUCUUAGAGGGUACUAUGACAUGAUUUUUCAAGUUUGAGGUAAGAAAGCUAACCAAUUUUAACUCUUCCUAUCAGCAAGUAACCCUGUUUACGAGCGAGGGGCUUCGGACACGUUAAAAAUGGCGAAACUCUCGGUUAGAAGUGGCGAAGAAGUCGAGGAAGGACUAGAAUAUCAGCCACUGGUGGAGAACACCAAGCCAGCUGAGCGCUCAGACAGUCUACCGGGAUACAGAUCGCUGUCUGUUGGUCAGAGACCCGCUAACGGUAACAAUCCAGGGAUUCGUUCGUCCAAUUACCUCAGUUUGAUACAGGAUGAACCUCAAGAUGAAAGAGACUAUCAAACGCUGGUUGACAACGCCAAUCCACAGGUUAGCCAAAGCUUAACUUUAAUUGUUAAAUGUAACUUCUCCAAAAUAAUUGCCAUUUAUUUCUUUAAUCCUAGUUUUGAGAAUUCAGUCGUCGGUGCACUUUCGGUUCUGAGAGGUUUUACAUUUAGGUUUGUCGCCCCACACUCGUUAAAACGAUAAAUUAUGAAGACGAACUCAAAGUGUCACUCUUCAUGUCAGACAUGAUACUUAACUUCUUAACUUUAUUCUUUAGAAACUGGAGACCGUUGAUGAAGAAAAGAUUCCGGACUACCAAGAACUAGAAGAGAGAACUGAUAGUGAAGGUGUGUGAACUUGUCUUCCUUUUCAUUGGGUGAAGGUCCAAUUCAUGUCAGCAGACGCGGUGGCUUAACGGUUAGCGCGCUGAACUCCGAGUUGAGAGGUCUGAGUUCGAGAGCUUACCGGGUCAUUGUGUUGUAUUCUUGGGCAAAACACUUUAUCUUCACAGUGCCUCUCUCCACACAGGAGCAUAAAUGAGUUCAAGUGAACUGUUAGGGAAAACUGACGAAUGCCUCACGGGGGGAGGGGGGUACCACCUUCGAUGGACUAACAUCCCAUCCAGGGGAGUGUAAUAACACUCCUAGUCACUUCAUGCUGGAGAGACCAGGAUAAUCUCCGGCUGGAUGGACGACGUGGCUCGAGAGUGGGUAAAUACCAAUUUAUCUACGAUGUUAAGAGACCAUUAUUCUCUCUUUUACUUGGUUAUCAUUAUUGUGAUUUUAUGUUUCAGAUUCAUUUAAAACGUCUCCUCACCAUUCUGUGGAUUCCUACUCAGAUCAUGAAGAACCUCCAGCGGACACGAUUCUGAGGAAAAUAAAAUAUCCUGCAACAACAAAACAACCCGUAAAUGGUUUGUCUUCAGACUUUCAUGAUUAUGAUGAACCAGAGGGUAUUAUUGUUCUAUCAGAUAAUGAGGACAAUCAUGAACAGGCAAUAAAAGACAAUACUGACUUCCACGAUUAUGCCGACCUGGAUGAUAAUCCCGAGCAGGCAAUAACAGACGAUGUUAACUAUCAUGAUUACGCUGACCUGGACGAUGACGAUGAUGAGGUGGAUAACAAGAACUGUCACGUGGUACCCGAUGAAGAUUCUUCGUGCUAUCAUGACUAUGCCGAUCCUGACGAGUAACGAAAGUCACGUACUUUUUAAAAUGUCUAGAGAGAGGUUAGGCAUUUUAAAACAUCGUGGUAUCCGAGAGUGCGACUGACAGUAGUUAACAACAGGAUUUAUCUUAGUGAAGUUUGGAAAUUGUCAUCAACUUCGCCAGCAUUGUUCAUGAAAAAAAUUACAGCAGAACUCUGUCUGUUUGCUAUCAAGAUGUUUUGUCAUUUGCCGUUGUCAUUUUUUUUUUGAAUAACCCAGUCUACAGUCGUCGUAAAAGUAAAUCGAGGAUUGAGAAAAACUACAAACUUGCUCGAAGUUAACUACAGUUCAAUUUUUAUCGUGUAUGUUUAGUAGCAGAAAUUGCCGGCAAGAACAGAUCUGCUGCAUUCUUGUGGUUUCAGAUUGGCCAGCGACAAUCUGAAGAUCUACGGUACUAGUGGUUCUCCCAACAGCUCCAACGUCCUUGUUUACAAAAAGAAUAGCCCUUGUCAAUGACGUUAACUCUUCAAUAGAGGACAUGUGAGGGAUGCGGUUUUAAGGGCGAUUGAGGAUAUGAGAAAAGACUUAAUGACAAAUUCUUCUGAAUUAGACACAAAGGGAUACGACUUAUCCUAACCCCCUCUAACUUAUACCGAAAUUUAUUUUGUUGUCUAUACUAAGACUAACGAGAUGUAUUUAAUGGAAAAUGGAAAAUUAUUGCGAUGGCAAAACUUUCUGUCAUCUUUUCUUUCGAGAUGGAAGAGAUUUACUUUGCUUUCUUAAGACAGACAUCGUUUUAGAUGUUUGAAGGAAGACUGCUUUAGGGAUAUCGAAUCUAUAUUCGUAUAUACGAUAACUUUGAUAACCCUUGUGAGAUAAAUAAUUAAGAUUCAAAUUAAACGAAGAAUUCUAUUCUGGCAAAUAUUUUUUAACGAAGACUGAUCUUUUUACUCUCCCUUAAUAGUUGUAAUAUUCGCGCAAAGUGAAGGCUAACCUGAAGAGCCAUUAAUAAGAGACAUGACACAUGUGCCAUCUCUUAAACUUUCAGAAGCUUAAAAAUGUAUUGAAAGCAAAGUCAUCUCAAUAAGGUUAAUGUAAUGAGAUAUAACAUAAUAAGCACAAAAUGUUUUCCAAAGUCCGUUGAUCAAUUUUGACGUCAACCUCUCAGAUUAAUAUCAAAUCCUUUGGUAAUGUUGAUCACGAGGUCGUAAAAAUUAUCACAAGGGACAUGCUAUACUCAAACAACAUUUAUAAUGCAGAUUCGAUUAUGAAAACACUUUGGGGGAAGUUAGAAUGACACAAGAACUUACGCAAUUUGUUGUGGAUAAAUCGCGAAACUCUUUAAGCUUUAUGUUUCUGGCGGCGCAAUCUAGUGUCAAUUGUCUAUAAUUAGCAGGAUACAAUAAAAAGAGGCUACUUGAAGUUUUGCUUAUUGGAGAGCAAUGUUGGUUCCUGAAAAGCGAGGUCAAAUAUGCGAAC